AUGGAUGAAAUCCCAUCUAUUAUUGAAGGUGAUGAGGCCAUGCAAGACGUUGCAAGAGAUAUAGUCACCAAUGCCAGCAUGGGGCAUUUGCGUGCUAGUCCUGUGUCCCAGCUUGAAUCUGGGAAAACGGACUCAGCCGCACAGUCCAUUGCCAGGAGAGCAAUCGAGCCUCAUCUGGCUGAUUCCAGUGCUGCCUCACAUACUAGACACUCGAUGGAUGAAAUCCCGUCUGUUAUUGCAGGUGAUGAGGCCGUGCAAGAUGUGGCAAGAGAUAUAGUAACCAAUGCCAGCAUGGGGCAUUUGCGUGCUAGUCCUGUGUCCCAGCUCGAAUCUGAGAACACAGACUCUGCUGCGCGAUCCAUUGCAAGGAGAGCAAUUGAGCCUCAUUUGGCUGAUUCCAGUGCUGCCUCAAAUUCCAAACACUCCAUGGAUGAAAUCCCCUCGAGUCAAGUGGAGGCUCGAUCAGAUAUGCACCAAUUGAAAGAGGAAGCAGGCUCCGACGGCUACCCUGCUGCUCAAGGUGUCGCAAGAGAAGUGAUUGCAUCAGCAACUUCACGUGGUACUGCUGAACCCCAUCCAGCAACAGUGCAGGAGCAAAUGCAUUCAGAGGCUGAGGGAUAUGCAACGGCUCAAGGAGUUGCAAGAGAUUGUGUUGCAUCUGCAAGACAAGCACCAAGCCCGGCAAGUCCUCAUUCACAAGUCCAAUCUGAGCAGUCGAUUCCCCUUCUGCUGGAAUUAUCGCUGGAGAGGCAGUUAAGCAAGCUUAGUGUGAGCUGA